AUGUCAUCAACAUUCAACAGCGAUGAAACGGCACCGUUCUCAGGCUUUCUCGGCGCCACGGCUGCCCUAAUUUUCUCCUGUAUGGGUGCGACAUAUGGCACGGCGAAGAGUGGUGUAGGUGUGGCAUCUAUGGUUAUGGCUGGUGUUUUGGGUAUUUAUGGAUUGAUUAUUGCUGUCAUCGGUACUAGAAUCAAUCCUAAGGCCAAGUCAUACUACUUGUUUGAUGGCUAUGCCCACCUUUUUUCGAGCCUCGCUUGUGGCCUUGCUGGCCUUUCUGGUGUAUGGCCAUUGGAACUGUUGGGGAUACUGGUUUUAGAUCAUUGUGUAGCAACCCCACUGCAGUUCAUAUGUGGCCGGCCGAGGCAGAAGGGAGGAAUGGCUAUGCAAAUGGAUAUCCCUAAGUUGAAAGCAACAUCAAUUCUUCAGAAGAAGGGAGAGGGGAUUGGGAUAACAUUGAACUGCUGA